UCUGGACGUGUGACGGUCUGCCAGUGCGAAAUGAUGUGUUUGGAUUUUUCUUUUUAAUGAGACACUUACACCGAAGGAUGGUUGUCAUCUGUUUUUGAGGCUGCUGGUUUGUUUGUUGGGGUCUGUGUUCCUUACACAUAUCAGACCACCCUGCUUUGCGCAGGGAUCUCACUCAGAACCAGGAAAAAGACAAUUCUGAGCUGCUGCUUGGGACUGUGAGUCUUACUGCUUUUCGUAUAUAAUUUCUGUAAAAUGGCAGAGGCCAGCAUUUCAGUGGCUCAGGACCAGUUCAGCUGUCCAGUCUGCCUUGAACUACUGAAGAAUCCGGUGACCAUUCCCUGUGGACACAGUUUCUGUAUGGUGUGUAUUCAUGACUGCUGGAAUCAGGAGGAUCAGAAGGGAACCUACAGCUGCCCUCAGUGCAGAAACUCCUUCACCCCAAGGCCUGUUGUGGGUAAAAACGCCAUGCUGGCUGACAUUGUGGAGAAAAUGAAGGAGGCAAGGCUCCAGGCUGAUCCUCCUGCUCACUGUUCUUCCCGACCUGAAGACGGAGACGUGGAAUGUGAUUUCUGUACUGGGAGGAAACGAAAAGCCUGCAGUUCCUGUCUGGUGUGUCUGGCCUCUUACUGUGAAACUCACCUCCAGCCUCACUACGAAUCUCCCGCCUUUAAGAAGCACAAGCUGGUCGGAGCGUCCAGACGACUCCAGGAGCAGAUCUGCUCUGAGCAUGAGAAGCUGCUGGAGGUCUACUGUCGCACUGACCAGCAGUGCAUCUGCAUGCUGUGUAUGUUGGAUGAUCAUAAAGGACACGACACCGUGUCAACUGCAACAGAAAGAGCUGACAAACAGAAACCUUUGGUGGAGACUCAGAAAAAAUGCCGAGAAAGAAUCCAGGAGAGAGAGAAGGAGCUUCAGCAGCUGAGAAAGGCUGUAGAGUCUCACAAGCGCUCUGCUCAGGCCGCAGUGCAGGACAGUGAGAGGAUCUUCACUGAGCUGAUCAUCUCCAUUGAGAGGAAACGCUCUGAGGUGUCAGAGCUGAUCAGAGCUCAGGAGAAAGCUGCGGUGAUUCGAGCUGAAGGACUCCUGUGGCGACUGGAGCAGGAGAUCGCUGAGCUGAGGAGGAGAGACGCUGAGCUGGAGCAGCUCUCACACUCAGAAGACCACAUCCAUUUCCUCCAGAGUUUCCAGUCUCUCUCAGAGCUCCCUGGACCUUCAGACUCAUUCACCAUCACUGUACCUCCUCUCCUCUUGUUUGAGGAGGUCACAAAGACUGUGUCUCAGCUGAGGGACAAAUUGGAAGAUCUUUGUCACCAAAGGUUCAGAAAGACAUCCAAUACAGUGAAAGAAAUCCAGAUCGUUCCUCUUCCUGAACCCCAAAGCAGAGAGGAGUUUCUACAAUACUCCCGUGGGCUCACACUGGAUCCAACAACAGCAAAUAAUUACCUCCGACUGUCUGAGGGGAACACCGUGGUGACCUGCAGUGAAAAGGCACACACGUAUCCUGACCACCCAGACAGAUUUGACCACUACCUCCAAGUGCUGUGCAGAGAGAGCGUGACCGGACGCUGCUACUGGGAGGUUGAGUGGAGCGGGGCUACAGGGGUUUCUGUCGCUGUGUCGUAUAAAACCGUUCGCAGGAAGGGAAAAGGUGACGAGUGCUUGUUUGGACGAGGUGACCACUCCUGGAGAUUGUUCUGCACUCCGUCCAGCUUCUCGUUCCGACACCGCAAAACAGAAACAGAAAUCCGCAAGGCGUCCAGCUCCUCUAGGAUAGGGGUCUAUGUGGACCACAGGGCAGGAAUUCUGUCCUUCUACAGCGUCUCUGAUGCGAUGGUGCUCCUCCACAGAGUCCAGACCACAUUCGCUCAGCCGCUCUACGCUGGGUUUGUGGUCUGCUCAGGGUCAGAAGUGAAAAUGUUGUGCCCAAAUGAAUAGGUGAAUAGGUGAUGUUGAGAAGUGGAGAUCAGGUUGCUCUCCACCAUAGCUGAUGAUCACAGUCACACAUUAUAUGCUUAUACACCGAUCAGGUACAACUUCAUGACCUCUACGCUCUCUGUCCACUUUAUCAGCUCCACUUACUGUAUAGGUCUAUACUCUAUAGGUUCUACAGUUACAGACUGUAGUCCAUCUGUUUCUCUGAUACUUUGAUACCCUGUUCUUCAGUGGUCAGGACCCCCAUGGACCCUCACAGAGCAGGUACUAUUUGGGUGGUGGGUCAUUCUUGGGUCAGUGCUUGAUUUUCUCCUCUCUCUCAGAGAUGAACGCUUUACGUGUUGUUUACCUGACGGGGACACUUUUGGUCUCCACCAGGUUCUUGAAUGGUUCUUGGGAGUCACGUUUUCUGUAAUAAGUCCAGAAAUACCAAUAUUCUGAAUAUUUUCCUUUGGCUUUCUCCUUCCUUAUGAGUGGACUGUCUAACCUUCUCAGAAACAUCUCCUGAAAAAUGAAUAACUUGUAAUUUUUUGACUGGGAACCUAAAAGAUGGUCAGCCUCGGACUUUUGCACGGUACCGUAGACGUCCACAAUAUUUAACCUCAGAGCUCCAGCGAAAUACGAAAUGAUCAAACUUCGGACACCAAACAUGUCUUAGAUAUCUGGCCAGAGCGCUGACCCAGCAAACACCAGUGUGUCCACAUUAAAAAGAGGUUUUUGCUGGGUCAGUGUGAUCUGACCCUUCACACUCUGGAGCAAUCUGAGGCAAACUGGGUUUCAUAGAAAGAAUUUCGGCCUUUCUCAAGCUGUGUAGUUGACAGUAUCCUUGAUGAUAGCUCUGUUUUCUGUACUGUUCGGAUGCUGGUUUUCCAUUAGUUUUGUAUUGUGUGUGUGUUUGUUUUGAUGUUUGCCUGAGGAAUUUGCCAUCAUAUCCACUGAGACAGCAGGCGAGAGUGACUUUCCAGCUGUGGCUCAGGGGCUUAUUGGACUGGCUGCUUGAGUGACGCCGCAUCACAGCUACGGGGCUCUCUGGACAGGGGACCUGAUCGAUGUGACAUCGCAGCCUGAGCUGGCUUGGCUGUCGCUGCACUGCAGCUGUGAGGCUGCCUGGAUUGGACUGGCGGAGUUCAGCUGCAGGAAUAUGUUUCCCCUUUGUGACGAAGGACGUGUUCGGCCUUUAAGGCUUCCCGGGUCUCCUGUGUGACGCACCAUAGUUACAGUCUGAGACUUUCCCCUGUGUGUGUGUGUGUGUGUGUGUGUGUGUGUGUGUGUGUGUGUGUGUGUUCUGUGUUAUGUAUUAUUGAUUAUGUAUUGAUUUUAAAGCAUCCUUGAGCAUGGGAAGGAUGCCAUAUAGAUAAAUGUGAUGAUGAUGAUGAUGAGGAUGAUGAUGAUCUUAUAAAUGUAUUGAUUUUACUCGCUGCAUUCUGUAACAAAAGGCACUUUUUAAAAUUUAUCUUGGGAGUCCAAACACUAUUUGAUGAUAACUGAAAACUGGUAUAAUAAAAAGACGACAUUCUCGACAGAUAACGCUUA